GCAACUUCCCCCUUGCGCGCUCUGCGUGCCUCGCGCUGCCCCACAUGGGAGGCUGCAGCUUCGGCGCAGGGCGCUCCCAGCCUGCGGGUCAGUCCCCUCGCCCCGUAAACUUCAUCACGCCUGCUCUGACGUCUUGGAAGAGCUUCUGCAGAAUUACUAAAGGACAGAAUAUUUACCAGGAGUGAGAAAGACAAUGGAUCCAGACUUUUUAAAUGUGUUUACGCAGCCUGCUGCACUUAAUCAACUCCUAGCUGAGAAUGUCAUCGCUCAAGGUGAGAAGAGGAGACUCAUAAAACCGACCUCAAGCAACAACCCCAAAUUGGAAGAAUUAAAACUGUUAUUGAUCGACUGGAUAAACACAACUCUGAAAGAGGAACACAUAGUAGUUAAAAGCCUGGAAGAAGAUCUGUAUGAUGGGCUGGUACUUCAUCAUCUUUUGGAAAACCUAGGAUCUCUCAAGCUGGAUGUUGACAAGAUCGCAUUAACAGAAAAAAAACAGCGACAGAAACUCACUGUGAUUCUGGAAGCUGUGGCUAAGUGUUUGCAACUGGAAGAAAGUCAGCUGAAAUGGAGUGUGGAAUCUAUCUUGACAAAGGACUUGCUGAGCACACUGCAUCUUCUGGUUGCAAUAGCAAAGCACUUUGAACCCAAGCUGGCCAUGCCUCCAAAUGUUCAAGUGGAAACAAUCAUCAUUGAGAACACCUCCAGAGGAUUAAAGACAGCAAAUGUGGUGGAAUAUAUUACAGAAAACAAAGAGAAUUUAGAAGCACAGUCAAAAGAUGAUGCCUUUGAUGAAUUAUUUAGCCGUGCUCCAGAUAAACUGGAUGCUGUAAAAAAGGUAUUUUUGCAAUUCGUCAACCGGCAUGUUGGAAAAUUAGGAGUAAAAGUGACAGACAUCGAAUCUCAGUUGGCAGAUGGAGUUAUCUUACUUCUGUUAAUUGGACAACUGGAGGGUUACUUUCUGAAUUUAAGGGAUUUCUUCCUGACUCCAGCCAGCACCACGGAGAUGCUGCACAACGUUAACCUUGCAUUGGACUUGCUGACAGAUGGUGGUCUUCUGAAUUUUUCUGUGAACUCUGAAGAUAUUGUGAACGGAGAUAUGAAGAGUACAAUGCGGAUUCUCUAUUGCUUGUAUUCCAAAUACAAGACCAAAGAAACAUGAAGAGCAAGGCCAAGAGCUUGGGCUUUUUUCCCCUUUUUUUCUGUUUUUUUUUUUUUUUUUUUUUUUUUUCCCUAGCAUGUCAUGGUCUGAUUUGUGAAUUCCUGGCUCUGUUCGCCACUGUUUAUGUGUGUGCAUUUGUGUUUGACACUUGCAGUAUUAACGUUGUAUAUGCAAGUACGUAUUCAUGCAAGGUUUCACGUCUACAGCCUGAGUAACUGGAAGUAUGCGUGUGUCCAGGGUCAGUGUACUGUGUAAUUCUGUGGCUGUAGCUCUUGCUCCAGACCCUGUCUCUUGUUCUCUCUAGCUCCCCUAACGCUGCAAAGUGCAAUGUGUGUUUAUUCUAGACUCUGGAUUCUUUGCUUCUGGAGAUGAAUUUGGAAGCUAUUAUUGCAUACUCCCCGCUUCCCUGCUUCUGAUUCACUCUGGAAAGUAGAGAGGUGAAAGACCCACCACGGCAUCUCUGGGAAGACUGCAGACGCACUUGAAGCUCAAGUUCAAAACCUUCUUUAGACAGGUGGUCAGCUGUUGUCAGACAAGAAGAUAUGGAUUGGACACCAAAUGAACAGGUAGCAGAAAUGAAAUCUGAACUUAUCAAGUGUUUGAUAAAAGUUUCGUCAUUUGCCUGUUUGAAUACAGAAAAGGGACCCAGAAUAACGUGCCGACGUGGGACUGUGCAGUAACAGGGAUCUCCUGCACAGCUGUGGAAAGAUGCCCUCAUUUCCUUGCUAAGCUAAUGCCAAACUGUGGCCAGCUCCAGCCUGUUGCGGCCCUAACGUCACGUGUGACUAGCGGGAAUAUUGAUUCCUGUGUCAAGCAGGUUAUAGGAGUGACUAACACGACCGCGCUUUCUCUCUGGUAAGAGGUGGAUCGAUGCCGGCGUCCUCCGCAGCCGGUGGCAGUAGAGGCCAUCGUGGACAGGAGUAGUGAAGCUCUCAGGUUUUGCUACUUACAGCGUACUCGUGCUGUGGGGACUUUCAAACUCCUCUGAGACUCUUCUUAGCUGAACUUGUCUGGCGAUCGUCCCCAAGGAUCCCAUCAGCUCCCUCUGGAUGCAGCGAGGCUAGCUGCAAUUUGUUAGCUGUCACCCUCGGACUUUCUUGGGGGUCUUAAAUCAGAAUUCCUUCAAAACCUCCAUCUACUCUCUUGACCUUAAAAUUAUGUCAUGUUUGUGUUGCAUAAAGCUUGAGAUCUAAUUAAAAAAAAUAAAAAAUGUUUUGAUAUUAUUUUGGCUUCCAUCUAAACUGAUUUAAUUUCCUGUCAUCAGUGACUCUGACAUUUGAUCUCUGGUCUGAUCCUCCAUCUGUGUGUUGAGGGGAAACCAAAGCUCGCCUAGUGCGAGUGCUGACAUUUACAGAUGAGAAUUUGUUGUGUCUACUUGUGGAUCACACAGCCUAAGAAAGAUCCUUAGAUUGCAAUGCUGAUAACUCUUUGAGUCCUGCCUUCGAAAACGGUAAUACUGCACAGCUGCUGGACGAAAGAGUUCUGCAAACUGCCCUGAGCCUAAUCCUUUUUGCACCAAGAAUUGCCCUGUUAUGUUUUUACAGAGAAAAAUCCAAUGCGUGGUGCCAAUGAGCUACAAGAAGAUCAGCUUGCUUCCCUAGCAAAUGUUAGUUGUGUGUGCUGUUUCGAAUGAUUUAAGUCAGAAAUACUUGUUUCUUCAUCUGCAAGUCUCCAUAGGUAUCUUGCUUUAUUCCUUAAUGGUCUUCAAACAAUUGACCGGCAGACGUGAGACGUUUGUUCUUGCUUCACAGGUCCCUGCCGCUGUUGCUGUAAGAUGGCAAGUGGAUUGUAGAAUAAAUAAUGACUGAGCAGAUAAAACCAGGAUGUGGCUUGUGGAGAGCAGGGGCGAGGGGCCAGGAGGGCGUUUGGUGGUGAUUCGGUGGCAGUGUGGCCUUUUCCACCAAGGAAGCCAACCUGAACGUCUUCCUCAGUGCUGGUCACCGGAAGUUGUUUGCAGCGCGUGACCUUAGGCAUAACCCAGAGGCUAUGAAAAAGUCAGUGGUGGAGGGAUUAGCUGGUGCUGCCCUGGUUAAGAUGGUUAUUACUGCUCAGGGAAACAGUUGGAUUUUUCUCUGCAUGUUCUGAGUUUUGUGGUCUGCUUCUGCGGCAUAAGUAAAUCCGGUGCUUGUACUUCUGCAGAUUCCUGCCAGGGAAAGUCUGGUUCUUGAUAUUUAAUAAAAGAAAGGGUCAUAUUCCCUUCCAAACACCAGCUUGCCUAAGCCUGUUAUGAACAAGUCAUUCUUCUGAAAACAUACAGGGGAAAAAAAAAUGACGGCUAAUGUGCUUGAAUCAAAAAUAUAGCGAGACCAAAAAUGAAUGUUUUAAUCUGUUUUUUAUGCUGUGAGCCAAUUUAUAACAUGUUUGAUGUCUCUGAAUGCUUUGAUAAAGAGCCUGUGUUUGAUUUCUAAAACAUGCUACAGCAUUUUACUAAUCCAUCAUACAGGCACCCACUCCAUAAACUGAUGUAGAAUAUACAAGCGCACUAUUUACAUUUGAGAUGUAGUCACAGACUUGGCAUAGUUUUCAUAGUAAAUAUAAAGUGACAGCUAAAAAGAAUAUUCCAACAAUAUGAAACUCGGGGAAAAAAGAAAUACAUAUUAUUGUUCUCAGAUGUUACUUUUGCCUUACGUCAAGAUAACCUGUUUCCCUUUUCUCUUAU